CUUUGCAUAAGCAGUACAGUUCUUCUCAUUCUCUAAGGAUAUAAGGAAAAUAAGUGAAAAAUGUAUCUAAAGGUGCCUGUCCUAAUUCUUUUUCUAAGCGCUUGUUCCAUCCAUGGAGGAAUUAUUCACGAUAUUCACGACGGAGGUGCUGGACAUGGCAUUCUUCUUGAACAUGACUUUGGAGGACAUGGCGAUGGAUUCGGUGGAGGACAUGGUGGAGGACACGGAGGAGGCCAUGGGGGUGGACAUAUUGUAAAACUCGGCGGUGGACAUGGAGGUGGAGGACGAGGUGGCGGAAAAGUACUGAUUGCUCAUGAGAUAGGAGAGUAUGGUGGUCAUAUUGUAUCAGGAGGACAUGGUGGAUUAGGAGGUGGUCAUGGUGGACAUGGCGGGCAUGGUGGAUUAGGAGGUGGUCAUGGUGGACAUGGCGGGCAUGGUGGAUUAGGAGGUGGUCAUGGUGGACAUGGCGGGCAUGGUGGAUUAGGAGGCCAUGGUGGUUUCGGAGGUCAUGGUGGAUUUGGAGGAGGACAUGGAGGUUUAGGAGGAGGUCACAGUGGAGAACAUAGUGGUUGGUGGUAA